AUGAUGCGAGCUAUGGAUGCAGUCGAGCAUGCCGAAAUGAUCCCCCUUGAAACUGACGAAGAACGGUCCCAUCGAGAAAAGAUAUUGGAAGAGCGAAACCGGGCCGGUGUUCCAAGGACUCAUCGCGCAGCUUGCAAGAAGAUUGAGUCUGAAGCCAAUGUUCCAAUCCACUUCUGUGGAGAAAUGAACUUGAUUUGCGAGGAAUGUGGCGCAAAGCAUUUAAAGGAGAACGGCCGCAAGACAAGAAAUUUCAGAAAUGUUGCAAAAAGGGCUGAAACGAUCAUCCGAAAGCAAAACCAUGGCCAAGUGUAUCACAACACGGCUGCCGUUGGUACUACUGAAAAUCCAAAGUACGCGGACCUCUACUUUAUGGAUGCGGUACAGGCCAGUAGUUACAGAGCGAAUGUUGAAGCGAAUGGAGGAUGCUGUAGGGAUCUGAUGGAAGAAUUAGACGAGAUGCUGCGAGAAAACAAUCCCUUUGCAGCCAUUUACAAGAAAAUGCGGCAAGUUCUGGAAGAAGAGUACCUUAAAGCCGAAGCUGAAAAUCGUCCUCAUCAGUUUGUGGGCAUGUUCAUCAGCAGUGAUCGGAAAAAUCUGGAUCAGAGACGCUACAACAACCCAACGACGGAUGAUAUUGCCAUCAUUUUCAAGAGCGUCAACGGAGAGCCACCGGUAGACAGGGACAUUCGAGGCCAUCUUCUUAUUCCAAGCAGAGGCAGAAAAUUCAUCCAGAUCAAUCCCCAGAAACCAAUGUGCGAUCCGAUGACUUAUCCCUUGCUCUUCCCCAACGGUGAGGAUGGUUGGCAUUCAAAUAUGCCUUACACCACCACUACACGGAAAGAGAGAGAGGGAGCUACAGCCAUGGAUGUUGACGAAGGUGAUGAGCAGCAAGUUUUAGACGAAGAAGAAGAACCUGAUGCCGAAGAAGAAAUUGAAGGUGAUGAUGACAACGAUCCCCAUUCAUUGAACCGAGGCAGUGGCAAAAGGAAGAGAGUAACUCAGUGCGAAUUCUACAGCUAUCUCAUAUCCAUUCGCAAUUAUUUCAACCAAGUGUUGGCCGGAGGACCCCUCACACAGCAAUGGAUAGUUGAUUCGUACGUGAAGAUUUAA